CCUCGGGCUCUCAAGGGGGAUGGACGUGUUGUCGUUUUAGUGUUUCGCGUCGAAAUUACGUUAUCGGAUUUUGGUGAUAGGAUGUCAUAGUGUUUGUGUUGUUUUUGUUUAUGUGUAUGUCUAUAGUGAUGUGUGUUGAAAGAUAUGUGUUUAGAAUUAUACUUGUAAUGAGUGUUUCUAUAGGAAAAGUUACAAAUGGAGGUUCAGAGGAAACGACGGAAAAAGAAACGCGGCCGGAGUACAUCCAUCCAGACGGUCUGUUGAACUUUGACCCCUACCUCUCGGAUUUCAAGCACGAUGUCGAAGAGGACGAUUACAUCCCCAUACCUGAAAACGACGAGACGACAGACGGCCGACCGAUAUUCCUGCUAGAGCCAAAAAACUCCUACGUUUUGCGCACUAAACCGGCGACCCUCCUGUGCAGGGCUGCCAACGCACUACAAGUCUACUUCAAAUGUAACGACGUUAGGGUUGAGAAAACAGUGCAAUUGGAACACGUGGACCCGCAUAAUGGAGUCAGGGUUGUCGAGGCUGAGUUAAAUGUGACGAGGAAUGAAAUUGAUGAUUAUUUCGGCGGGAAAUUCGGGUGCGAGUGCUACGCGUGGAAUAGCAAAGGCCGGAUCCGGAGCCAGGCGGCGUUUAUUGAGUAUGCAUAUAUAAAGAAGCAAUUCGUACAGUACCCCCAAUCGCUGACCCUCGAAGCUGGUAGACAGGCUACCUUCCGCUGCAUACCACCACCAGCAGCCCCUCCCGCCACCAUAAAGUGGAUGAGGAAUGGAGUUCCUGUGGAUGCUACUGACGAAAUGCUGGUUCUGCCUAAAGUUAAAUUACAGGAUAUGGCGAACUACACAUGCGUAGCGGAGAACAUAGCUGGCCGAAGAGAGUCAGACACCGCUGUUUUGUCUGUCUACGUAAACGGCGGUUGGUCAGAAUGGUCUCCGUGGAUGCCUUGUCGGUGUGGUGCUCAGAGCAGUGGUAGACGAAGAACCAGGAUCUGCUCAGAGCCGGCUCCAGCCAACGGAGGUGCCCCAUGCCGUGGUCCAUCUUCACAGAAUGACGACGAUUGUGUCAGAUGUCAAAAUGGAUCUUGGUCACCCUGGAGUGCCUGGUCUUCUUGUGGUGAGGAUUGUGUCCGUGUAAGACGGAGACAAUGUAUCGGAUCCUGUACUGGGUCCACAUUACAGCAUGCCGCGUGUGUUGACGGCCUGUGUUCUAGUGGUAUACAUCUAUACAAGAACAACCUCACGCUCUAUGUAGGCAUCGGUAUCACGGUCGCCAUGUUAGCGGCGGGAGCUGUCAUACUAUACGUAUGGUGCAAAUACAGAAACAGGCCUGGGUAUAGCGCAGCAAGAACCGGUAUGCCGAAGACAUAUUCUCGAGAUAAAGGAAGUACGGGGCCGGAUUUAACCAGGACAUGCAACGAGUAUUGGAUGCAAGCUCCAGACAAUCAGUAUGAUAUGCCCCAGAUGAGGAAUAGCUAUUCGUCCCCAUUCGGUAAUCGGACCCAACAUUCGAGUAACCACUAUGAGAUGAAGCCCUACAGCCCCUCUGGUGACUCCGCUUCUAGCUGCUACACUAACUCGCGAACAAUGACGUCACACUCGAGCGAAUGCUCGCAGCUCGCUGAACUGGUGACGUCAUCGCGCUCGCCGUCAAAGGUCGACGUUGCGGUCAGCCUGCCGCCCGGCGCUGACGCUUACCGCGAUAGAAUAUGCCUGACUAUUGUUAAAUAAAUAUUGUAAUUUUUUACUUCAAAUGUUGUUGAUCGUGUUUUAUUUUAGUAUGUGGCCCGACGACAUGGUUUCGUUUAAUUUGUAUGGAAUUAGGUUUAGUUUUCAGGGCAAGUGGUAAGCAAAAUUGAAUGGAAAAUUAUGGAAAAUUGCUAAGAACAUUUGCAUUUGGAUCAAUUAAUAUAGACAAUGUAGUAAAUAUUAAUACGAAAUCUAAUAAUUCAGUUCUUUAUAUCAUAUACAUAUAUCAAUUUUAUUUAUUAACUUACAUUUAUAAGUGGUCCGUUAAUGCCAUUUCCAAAAUGUUAAAAGGAAAUAAAUAGGUUAUUAUAAUCAUAUAAAUAUAAUAAAAGAUUCAUUAUACAAAUCACCAGAUAUUCAAUUUAUUAUUAUGUAAUUCGUUGGUCAGUCUUUGUCAGUAAAUUUGAUAUUAGCAGCUGACAACUGUUAAUUAAAUGUCGAAAACUUAAUAAGGUAGGCGGGAAAAUGUUAAUAAUUAGUAAAAUGAACUGAGUAAAUAUGAAGAGUAUUAUACAUUAAGAAAUUUAAGAUUUUUUUAACAGAUUCUAAUUCAGUUUCCGCGUGACCACGCUCGCUAUGAAAUGUUCGAACUGUCAAGUAAAUAAUAUAAAUAGUAAAACGCGUUUUAAAUCUGUUAAAGAGGAUUUAUUUCCAAAAGUAAAUAAUUAAAUUGAUUGAACAUCUUUGUAAAUACAUUCGCUGUGGACUUGUGUUUUUGUACGAAAGCAAAGAUUUAAUUAUAUGAGUUAUAUAUAUUAUUGAACCCCUGUUGCAAUUAAAUGAUAUUUCAAUAAACGUCAUAUUGUAUCUGUCUUAUCAGUCAUGUAGUAUUUUAUACAAUUGAUUCAAAUCAAAUUUAAUUUAAUUUUAUACUAAUUUAUUGUUACUUUUAAACUAACAGCAACUGUAUUUAAAUUGUUUUAGUUGUAAUUUUGGGAUAAUUAAUUGAUAAUUUUAGACGCUUCUCGCUUGAAUAAAAAUGUUAAUUUCUUUAAGACUGAAAUAAUGAGCUGAUGCCAAUUAAGCGUUUUGUCUUUUAUACAAAUAUUGUUCUUUGUAGUAAUUUUGUACAUAAUGUAUUUAAAC